GCGUCCCGCGAAAAGGACCCGCCUUUGCCUUUGCUCGCCCCAUAAAUCACGCCGCCCGGCGAAGACCCACCCAAAAGACUUCCCAAGCACAGCCGCCGAGAUGGCCAUCGCCGAGACGGCAGCGGCGGUGGCGACGACGACGACGACGUCCGACACAGCGCCCAUGUCCCCGGCCUCUGCGAAGGCCGGGGCGGCGAUCGGUCCGGCGACGGGCGCGACGCGGCGCGGGUGGCUGCGCCGGCUCGUGCCGCGGGAGUACCUGCCCCGUAGCCGCCGGUGGAAGACCCGCGGCGCUGGCGGCCCCGGUGCUGCUGAGGCCGCGAAUGGGGGCGGCGCGGCGGGGCCGUCUUCGUACCGGAGGCUGGCGUCGUCGCUGUCGCGGUCGUUCCGGUGGAAGCGGAUGCCGGCGCUCCCGUCCCUCAGCCUGCGCGCCGGCUCGGCGUCGGCGGCGCUGGACGAGGUGGCCUUCCGCGUCAUGUACGUGGUCGAGGCCGUCGUGCUCGGCCUCGCGCUCUCCUGCUUCUUCCUUUGCUGCGGCUGCCACAUCUAGCCUGCCGCCAGCCAUGUAUUCUCUGUUACUGUUUGUUAGUUGCUCUCGGUUCUUUGGUUAGUAAUUUUUUCGUUUUCAUCGAUCGUCUACUUACUCUGCUGUAAAUUUUCCACCGUGAGGAAAAUCCAUGGAAAAAUUCCCAAUCUGCUCAA